GAAUAGUGUUGACAUUAUCUCAUCAAAGGAAAAAUUCUUAGCUUGAAUGUAAAAUGAAUAUCCAAACUCAGAGCGAGAUCUUGGAUUUCGGAGAGGAAGCUGUGACUAGCGUGGAUGCCAAACUGGCAAUCCUAUCUUUCUCUUAUAACUGGGCGGAUAUUGUGGAAAAAGAAGAAAAGUUAAAGUGUAAUGGAGAUGUUUCUGGGCCUCUGGUACAUCUAGACCAGACAGUCGCUGACAUCGCGAGUACAACAGAGAACUCUUCUACAGUAGAAGCGACCAAUUCUAAGGAAGAAAUCAAAGCCUUCGGUGACCUAGACUUAUCAAACGGAGCCCAAGAAUACGAGGACGCAGCAGACACAAACCUCGGUCCACAUUCUCGCCCAUUGCAACUGGGAGAAAAAGACAAUAAAGAUGCUGCAGAAGCGAAAAGUCAAGCGUCCCCUGAGAGCAUGGAGGAGUCCGUGUAUCGAAUUGACAAUUCUGUGAUACAGCGCAUGAAGAGACUGGUGCACAUCUAUGAUGCUAAAACUGGAAUUGUAGUUGGAGAGAUCCAUGCGCAGUGCAUUCGAGAAUCAGAUGAACGUGAUAGACAGCCAUGGAGGACAGAAUUUGAUGCCACAGUAUCCAAAGAUUUACAGAACUCGUAUCCUCAAACCACACUGCUGGAUGGUACUCCUGUUAGAUGCAGCACCAAUAGCGGCACAACAGCGACAUGCAGCAUUGAUAGCGGUACGACAGCGACAUGCAGCAACAAUUGCGGUACAACAGCGACAUCCAGCGCCAAUUGCGGUACAACAGCAAUAUGCAUCACCAAUAGCGGUACAACAGUGACAUGCAGCACUGAUAAUCGAACAAGGCAAGGAUGUUACGCUAUCUUACUAAAAGUUUAA